AUGAUACUUGCGCAUGAAUUUGGCAAUGAACAUCGUAGUGGUUCAAACAACAGAUGCAUUCAUUGUGCUCAUCUACAAUGCAAAGAAGGUGAAGUUGAAGAAGACGAUAUUGAAGUAGUAGUUGACGAAGAAGACAUGAUAAAAGAAGAAAUUGAAGUCGAAGAAAUUAAACAAGACGAAAUUAGAGAAAAAAUGAUUUUUCAAUAUCCUCUUAACGAACAAGAUGAUUCUGACAAAUAUAUACUUCCUCACUAUGUAAAUGUUAAUGAAUCGCCGUUGUCACCUUUAUUGGAAGCGACAAUAAAAGAUGAAAUCUAUGACUGGAAAUAG